AUGGAUCAGCUACGCAAAGAGGUCCGCGAGGUACUCCAGCGCGAUGCUUGGAAUCGACCGGGUUUCUUGCGGGCGGCAUUUGCGGCGACGGCAAAGAAUGGACUGCCCGAACUGUGGCAGGACCUGGCAUCCCACGAUAGCACCAUCCAUCUGGAUGUCUGCGAAAACCUUUACACGGCCUUUUCCUUCGUCGAUGGCUGGGAUCCCCUCCUGCCAAACGACGGAGGGCCAAAGCAGCUGGACAGGAACGAGGCCGAGGCCGUCAGAAAUCUAUUCCAAUGGGCUAGUCAACUUGCGCUUCCGUCGUCAGCAUUUGCAGCAGCCUUUGAUGAGCAUGUAGAGAUCAAGAACGCACAAGAAGAGAGCCGGCUCAGAUCCGCCCUGGCUAUUCAACUCAUUCUGCAGCUUUCUGCAAAGACUCCUCCAGGUCUAUCGGAUCGCUCAAUAGCUAGCUCUCCCGAUGUCAUAUUGGCCGCAGCCUGUUUCACCGAGCAGAAAGAUCCUUGGACGACUGAGGAUAGCCACGACGAGGCUUCAAUGUAUCUUGACGUGACCAUGCAAGAUGGCAAAUGGGAUCUCAUUGCGCGGUUACUCAAGGAGAAGAUCCGGCCAUUAUUCACCAAGGCCAAGAACCCUGCUAUCACCAGCGAAGGUCGCAAGAACUUGCACCCCGUGCCUUUGAGUCGGUUCGACGGAAGUAUUCUCGACGAUGAGCUGAAGCCUUGGAAGUUCAGAGAUGUUUAUGCUACAAGAGUUCUUUCAUGGGUCAUUUCUCGGUAUAAACCCACCGACAAAGCCCAUCUCGAAGCACACUUUCCUCUUCUCGUUCCGGCAAUCCUGGCCUUGAUCGACGACAGUAAUCUCACGUUCAAGAGAAUGGGCUGUGAACUCUUCACCAAAGUCCUGCAGCCCAUUCACCAGAGCGGAUCCGAUAUUCUCGUUCGCACAAACUUGACCUCCGUCUUCGAGGACGCUAUUACGCCCUGUCUUCUCUCCCUACCAACAAUUACCCCAGAAGACAACUCUAUUCAGCUACUCAGCGCCGCAUACCCAGCACUCCUCUCCCUCUUCGAGACAGUCUACAAAACGCCCUCACCGAAGAAAUCACAGGACCAGGACGACAAAGACAAAGAGACAUACGCCGCGAAAAUCUCAAAAAUCCUACGCUCAAAUCUCAUCUCUUCCUUCCAUCACAUCAGUUCUUCGACACCCACUGCCAUCUCAACGUCCGCCUCUUUCCCGCACCCUCGUCUCUCAACCUUCCUCCUAGAAUGGAUUACCACCUUCGUGAAAGAACUCGGCAUCAACACGACAAAAUACCUCCAAGAAAUCGUCCCGGUUCUUUACACUACGCUCACCAACCCCUUCGGAACUGCUCACCCGCCUCUCCUCUUUGCCGCAGUAUCAGCCACCAAAUUUGUGAUCCUCAACGCGCAUCCGCGUAUUUGGAGAUGGCGUGGUGAAAUCCUCGGAGCACUGUGUACAUGCUGGCUCCAUAUUGUGGGCGAGAAAGAAGAUCAAGAGAAAGUGAAGGCGGGUAAGGGCUCGCCUUCAGUGACCGAGCUCGUUAAGAUUACGAGAGAGUUGCAGAGUGCCGUGUACGUUCUGAAGCAUAUUUUGCAGAAUCCCGUUGCGCCCAAUGGGGAAUUUGAUGCGGAUCAAGUGCUCGCGAAGGAAGGCAUGCAGCAGGAAUUACAGACGCUGGUUGAAGCGGAUAGUGAGUUGGAAGGUCUGCUCUUUGCUGAUGUUAAGUCAUGA